CGGCGCGGCGCGGAGCACAGCGGGGCGAUGUGGCGGUGGCGGUAUGUCAGCGGCCGGCAGCUGGAUGGCUUCCGCCAGUACAAGUACAAUGCUGUGGAUACAAAUCCUUUAUCUGUGUAUAUUAUGCAGCCCAUCUGGAACAAAAUUAUUAAGAUAGUGCCUUUGUGGAUCGCCCCCAAUGUGUUAACAUUCUCUGGAUUUGUCAUGAUUUUAGUAAAUUAUUUUCUAAUAUCUUCCUAUGACUGGGACUACACUGCCUCAGGUACCAGUCCUGGACUUGUUCCCACCUGGGUGUGGCUGUUCAGUGCUUUUACCACCUUUUGUGCUUAUGCUUUAGAUUCCAUAGAUGGGAAACAUGCUCGAAGGACUCAGUCCAGUACUCCUCUGGGAGAAUUAUUUGACCACGGGCUGGAUAGCUGGGCUACCUCCAUUUUUGUGCUUUCGUUUUUUUCUGUCUGUUCCCGGGACAAUGGGAGGAGUGGAAUUUCUGUAUAUACAAUGUAUAUAUAUUUAAGCAUUGUCUUGUUUAACUUUAUGUGUUCACACUGGGAGAAAUAUAACACAGGAGUUCUUUUCCUUCCUUGGGGAUAUGACAUAAGCCAAGUGGUAUUAAUAGCAGCAUAUCUGCUCACAGGUUCUGUUGGCGUGGAAGUCUGGCACAAGCCUCUUCUCUUUGGUUUUUACAUUACAGACGCAUUAGUAAUCUUACUUAUAGGUUUCAGUUUAUUUCUUUCAUUUCCACAAACACUAUACAACAUUUACAGAGCACAUUUGAAGAAAACACUGAGGAAUAACUCGUUGUAUGAAGGACUCCUACCUCUUGUGUCACCUCUGUUGCUGUUCAUGCUUCUUACAGUCUGGGUGGCUUUAUCUCCAGUCGACGUAUUAGCAAAGCAACCAAGAUUGUUUUUAUGGAUGGUUGGGGUUGCUUUCUCAAACGUUAUUUGCAAGGUGAUCAUCUGCCAGAUGAGCAGCACCCAGCCGGAGCUUUUCCACUGGUUCCUUUUCCCGCUGGCACUGGUGGUCUAUGCAGCCAUCUCCGGGCUGCUGGGCUGGAUGGAAGAAGCCGUGCUCGCUGUGUUCACUGUGCUGGUCACGGCUGCCCAUGUGCACUAUGGGGUCUGUGUGGGCAGGCAGCUGAGUGAGCACUUGAAUAUUUACAUCUUUUCCCUGAAGAAACGUGUCCAGGAGUGAACACCUGCACUACGAUCAGACUGUAAUACUUGACAUGGAGAUUUGCAACUCUUCUGAUGUGAUACAUAGUUGGAAUUAAUCUGAUUAAAAUAACCAAAGAAUAGAUACAUCCGGGUAUCUGAACCACUGCGACAAUGAGCUAUGCAGCAAGAUGCUUCAUCUCAGAGGAAGGUUCCUGUCCAGCAGAGAAGUGUUUACCAAGUUCU